UUUCUUAAAAAUGGCAGCGCCCAUGAACCUUUUCAUAAUUUUAUGUUACUUCUCCUUCCUGGUUGUCUGUCUUACGGAGGUUUCUUCGAAAAUUCUCUCAGAAAAUGACAGAAUAAUAGUUCCUGAACAUGAGGAGUGUUAUACAGAAGAAUGUGGUGUUGAAUAUAAUCCAGUGGAGCCUCUCGUGAAGUGUUCGUUUCUACCUGAUGACUUUAUAGAGUGUGAUGCACCAGAGGAUCUGAAAGGCAACGAGACACUGAGGAGAGAACUAGGCACUGGAUGCUCAAAGUACGGCAGAGAAAAAUACCAAGAUGUGCAGAAAUCACCAGUCAUCUGCAGAGUUCUCCCAGGCAUAGAGUGUCACGGAAAUAGGACAUUUAUUAAAGAUAACAUUCCCUGUUUAAAAUUUGAAGGCCAGCAUUUCAUCAGUACCCUGAUAUUUUCCAUCUUUCUGGGGUUCUUUGGAGUAGACCGAUUCUGCAUGGGUCAUGUCCCAACAGCAGUUGGCAAGCUUCUGACCCUUGGUGGAUUAGGGGUUUGGUGGAUCGUAGACAUUGUUCUGCUUGUUACAGGAGGACUGAUGCUGGCCGAUGGUAGUAAUUGGUGUCCAUAGACAAUUUAUGCAAGAAUCAAGUCCCAACAGUGGUUCCAGACUACUUGAACCUGUAAUUGAACUCAGGAUAGACUGAGGUUGGAUAGAUCUUAGGUAUAGUUCUUCUUGUCAAGUCAAGGGAGGACCGAUGCUGGUGGAUGGAAGUGAUAAGUGUCCAUAGACAAUUUCUGUAAGAAUCAAGUCCCCACAGCAGUUGAGGUAAUACUGAAUAGUCGACUCCAGACUGUUGGGUCAUCGUGGAUUGAAGAGAGUAUUCAUACUUUAAGGCUGAUGCAAGGUUUAAUGGAAAUAUUAUCUGCAGAGAAUCCUGAAUAUAAAGCAAGAGCUAACCAACAACAAUCAAACCUGGUCUUGAGGAUUGUACGUCAAAGGUUUAUCAAGGAUUAGCAAGAUUGUCAGAGAUUAUUGUGCCACAUGACUUUUACCAUUGCAUUUUAUGACUGACCAAUUAUUUACGUAAUGAAAGGUUGCCAAGUGCCUUGAUGAGAAUUGAUCCUUAUUGAAGAACUGCUGGUGAACAUCACUGCUCCCUCGCCCUUUUGCAGGAAGAAAUUGACUGCAUGAAUGUAUGCAGCACAUCACUGGGAAAUACUCUUCAGGAGUAUAAGGUGUCAUGAUUAUGUGAAUUGGAAUGGACCUUAUGAAUCACAUUAAGAAUAUACAGUGUAGAUAUUUGAGAAGCAUACACACAUUGAGAACUGAGCCAAGUGCCAUUUGUCUAACAUAAACAUUUAUUUAAAAAAAUUAGAAGAUUUUUACUGUUGAUGUAUUUGCUAAUGUAGCAGAGUGAGAUAUAUACUGAAGUAGUGCAAUAUUGUAUGUCGGUGCAGCAUUGGCAGUCGUUGUCAACGAGAAACAUGGAAGAAUACCCAUUACCGAUAGAAAAGGAAGGGCAGAGCGUGCCCGUGACUAUUAUUACACUUCUUGUGAUUCUAGCUGGUAUGAUCGCUAUUAUUUAUGCAAUGUUUAAAACAAAGACCAGAGGUUCAACAGCUAGUGAAGGAGAUUAAGGAAAGAAUUUUUUUCUACGGAACAGAAAACUAGAGCUUUCUCUCCUUGUUGAGAGCCUGAAAGGCAUUGACUCUUGUUAAUACUUUUCUUGCUCUCAACUGCUCCCUUUUCCUUUCUGUUUGGAAAAAUAAUUUUGUUCUCUCAACUUCUAGAUGUACUUUAGACAGUAUGAAUUGGGCUCCA